AUGGACCUCCUGAAUCUCACACAGUUGACGCACACGCUGCAGACUGCAGCGAUAGCUGCACUCAUCUUCGCAAUAUGCGCAUAUGUUCCCAAACUCAAGCGCAAAGCCCAGUUGGGGAGUAUCCCAACCCUCGGCGGCCUCCAGGGCGGAGAGAAGCAGCGACAAGCAUACCUCGCGUCCGCGAAGAAGAUGUAUGAAGAUGGAUACACCAAGUUCAAAGACUCAAUCUACAGAAUCAAUGGAGAGAGUGGCGAAGACAACGUUGUCGUACCUUUGAGCCUACUUCCAGAACUACGGAAACUUCCUGAUGAUGUCCUCAGCUUCCCUGAAGCUAGCAUGGAAGUCAAAUACACCAGACUAGCGGUCGAGGGAUCCACAGCCGUCCAUUCGGUCAGGUCUGACCUCACACCCGCGCUAACUCGGUUGAACCCAGUCAUCUGCUCGGAGGUCGACGCCGCAAUUCGAGAGUGCAUGCCCCCUUGUGACGACUACACUGAAGUCUACAUCAACCAGAAACUCGUCGAUGUCGUCGCAAAGGUCUCUGGCCGUGUCUUUGUUGGACCAGAACUAUGCCAGCACCCGGAGUAUCUCGACCUUGCGGUCAACUAUACCCUCGAUCUUAUGGCUGCAGUCAACGCCUGCAAGAAACUCCGUCCAAUCACGAAGGCUUUCUUUGCUCCUCGUACCCCAGAAGUUCAACAGCUCCGCAAACGUGAGAAGCAACUAUCCGACUUCCUGCAUCCAAUCGUGGAAGAAAGGAUGACUGCCAAGUCGAAAGACCCCAACUGGCAGGCCCCGGACGAUAUGCUGCAGUGGAUGAUCACACGUUCUGAUGGUAAAGACUCAGUCGACCAAAUCGCUCAUUUCCAACUCGGACUCAUCUUCGCUGCCAUCCAUACCACGACUAUGACCGUCACGAACAUUCUGUACACACUUGCCGUCACACCAGAGUACAUCGAACCCAUGCGCGAAGAGAUCCGCAAUGCCAUGGCUGACAACGGUGGAAUCAUCACUUCCCGUGCUCUGCAACAAAUGGAGAAGCUUGAUAGCUACAUGAAAGAGGUUACGCGCUUUUACCCUCCUGGCGUCACAUCCUUCGGCCGCCGCGUUCUCAAAGGCAUAACCCUCAGUAACGGCCAAUACAUCCCUGCUGGUGUUCUCAUCGAAGUCCCCGCCGCGGCCAUCUACCUCGACAGCGAACACUACCCGUCCUCUUCUGAAUUCGACGGCUUCCGCUCUUACAAGCUACGUUCCAGCGGCAAGGCAGCGGAUAUUGCGCGCAACCAAUUCGUCACUACCAACGAGACCAAUUUAGGUUUCGGUUACGGACGCCAUGCAUGCCCUGGCCGCUUUUUCGCUGCCAAUGAGAUCAAGAUGAUUUUAGCAAGGUUGAUUUUAGAGUACGACAUUGGGAUGCCGAAUGGUGAAACAGAGAGGUACCCCAACAUUGAGAUGGGAAGACAGAGUAUACCGCAUCCAGGGAAGACGUUAACGUUCAAGAAGGUGCAGGUUUAG